AUGGAGAUGGACAAGAUCGCCAGUGGAGAGGUAUGGAAGGUGCGCGGAUCAGAUCAGGGUGUUCUCAAAAACGGUAUCUUAAGACGCUUCAAGUCCGAGUCGAUGCCGGAGCUUGAAGAGCUUGUCGAGGCAGCUGGGGAGUGGACCUUGUAUCCAGUCCAUAUACUGCCAGCGAAGGGCAAGUGGCAAGUCCAGGUGGAAGCCAAGAUGCCACCACAAGGCGAGUCCACAGGCAUCUACAUCGAGGAUGCCUUGUUAUUCAGCAGGGCAUUGGUGCAGCAUACAUCCGGCGACUUCUCAGACAUUUUUGCGGCCUACCAGAAGCUGCGCCGUCCACAGAUCGACGCGGCAUACACACAAGCCGUGCAGCGCUGGGAGACGGUAAAGGAUAGUGAUGCGUUGGCGUUUUGGUUCAUGAAAUCUUUGACUCCAUGGUUCCUGUGGUGGACUGCUAAAGCUCGGGAGAACGAAUUUGCUGCAGACUACUCGGACUAUCAGUUCGUUUUGUGA